UGGAGGGCCUUGGUGUGCCUCUACGUCAUUGGCUCACCGCCUCACCCCGAGUUAAAAAUGGAAGCACAAGCACUCUCAGUAGUGUAAACAUUUACACUAAACAGCCAAUCACAUUCCCUAGCACUGCCUUUUCCUCCCUCAGGCUCUUACCAUCAGCGGAUGGGCUAGUCAACUGUUUACAUAGAGUGCGCCAAUCAGGUUACAGAUCUGUUACUCUAGGCCCACCUUUCUAGCAUGACGAUAUCAGAGAGAAACUAUAAAGUGCCCUGACUGCUCUAGAGGGAGGUAGAUUAACUUGCUUGCUAUAGUCAGGACUAUAUUCAGUGUUUCACCACAGAAUCAUGAGAGAGUGUGUUGUAUCAGAAAGGAACAUGGCGUGUACAGACUGUAUGAAGGCAUCGGAUAUCUCUAUUGAUACAAAAGGAAUCAAGAAGCGAAACUGGAGGACAAGGAUACGCUAUCUUUUGAAGAUCACCUCUUCUUCUUCUUCUUCAAAAUGCAUGGCAGGAAGAUCUUACAGGCCAACAGUGGAGGAAGUCAACCAAUGGGCACAGUCACUUGACAAACUCCUGAGUCACAAAUAUGGAAAGGCAGCGUUUCAGAUAUUCCUGAAGUCAGAGUUCUGUGAUGAGAACAUAGAGUUCUGGACGGCCUGUGAGGAGUUCAGGACCAUCACGUCUCUAGGGAAACUGUCGUCGAGGGCCAGAAGCAUCUAUGAAGAGUUUAUCCAGUGUGAUGCUCCUAAAGAGAUCAACCUGGACUACCAGACGAAGGAUGCUAUCCUCCAGAGCCUGCGUCUGCCCAGCCUGACGUGUUUCCUGUCGGCCCAGAAGAAGGUGUUUAACCUGAUGGAGAACAAUUCAUACCCUCGCUUCAUCCACUCUGAGCUCUACAAGGAACUGUGUGCCGUCGCCAGGGGAGAGGGGAAAUAUCUCAAGUUUUAAGAUUACUACGCGGAAGGAUUGGCUAUAUAGUCACGCAUUACAUGAAGUUGCACUGACACCAUGAAGUUACAUGGAAUGUAAAACCAUUUCACAUUUGAGCCAUAUGGUCAUUGGCAAUGAUGUAGUGUAGGAAGUACAGUGAAUAAACUAGCUGUAAAUAGCUUUGCCUUUACACUUGAAAAAUGUUCAUUCAACUGUGCAUCCUUGGUUUUGCAGAGUCAGACAAAACAACACCAGGACCUUUAUACACAUGAUUUUGCAGAUCAGAUGUAAAGUUGUUUUGAUAUUGUCUCAAAAUGGAAUUGCUUAUCCAGUUGUGUUUGAAUGCACUUUAGUCAGUUUCACCAAACACCAGUACCGGUAAAUAACUGGCUACUAUUUGCAUUUGAUUGUAUAUGAUGUGCGCAAGUACUUUCUGGAACCAGUCAUAUAGGUUAACAUUGGCAACUGUUUCGCUGGAGAGGUGAAUGGGGGUGAAUGUUUGCAUUGCAUAGAGGUGUUUACACUAAACAUUGUAGUGGAAAUGGUUUUAACCAUUCCAAUGAGUUCAGUUCAUCGUGGGUGAACUUGCUGUAAAUAAAACAAAUGACAGAUGUAAAGGUAUGGUGGCAGCUGGACUGCAACACUACUGUUUUUCAUUAUUUAUCGCUUGUUAAAUAUAUUUAUGUCAAAUAAAAUAAUGUUGAAUUCAG